UCACUUGUGGAAGAAGCACUUUGUUGCCGCACGGCGUCACGUGUUUUUGGAGAAGCCAUCCUCCAUUUUAAAUUGGUUCAUCGGAAGACUCCAUCGAAAACGUUUGACGUCUCCCUCGAUUCAGCAGAACUUUAGUGUACUAGUUUGUGAUUACUUGUGCAGCUUAAGUAAACAAGACUUCAUUAAGUAUUCCGAUUUAUUUUGUCGUGUCGAGAUUCUGGGUUCCCUGCCAAGGUUCCUCUAUUUAUUUCACCAUUCGGAUCAAGGAUGGCGCGAUAAAGUUAUGAAACCUACAUCAAGGUCAAAUAGCAAGGGGCGAGGGCAAAGCCAUUUGGGUACCCUCAAGAAGCUCAGAACCCCACAGCUGAAGAAAACCACUAAGUUCAAAAGCAAGGUUGCAAAAAAAGAGAGUGUUAGUGGACUGGGUUCACGCCGGAGUACAGGAAACAAAGCUUUAAAACGUCCCUCAUCAUCUUCAGGUAGUGAACCUGUUAGUAAAGCUUCCUCUUCAGUGUCUAGAGGUCGCACAACCAAGGCCAGUAGUAAAUCACCAGGUAGAGCAAAUCACACAUCACCAGUUGGUAAAACUUCGGGGAAGUCACCACCCAGGAAAUCGCCAGGGAGAUCACCUGUUAGACAUCCUUCAGAUGGUGUCAAGGGAUCUGGCAAGAGUUCUAAAGCACCCUUGACAGACCCUGACAGUGCUACUGAAACUAAGAAUUCAAAGAGUAAGUCACCAACAUCUGAAAGACAAGAAAUGAAACGAGUGGGCAGGGAUGCCCCUGCUGAAGGAAGCAAAAGUACCCAAAGUGCCAAAUCCCAAUCAUCCAGUGAAAAGGGAAAAAAGGCCUCCUUGUUGACUUCUAAGACAAAGCGGAACAGUGACUGUAAGAGUGAUUCAAGUGUAAAAUCUGGCGAAGGAGUUGAUGAUGUCGAAAAAGACAAGAAAAAAGGAAAAAAGGCAAAAGAAAAUGGUGUAGAGAAGGAUGACACUGAUAAGUUCAACAAAAAGAAAAAGAAAGUAUGUGAUGGGAAAGAAGAUAAUGACAAAGAGCUUAAGAAAAAUAAGAAGCUAGAGGAUAGCAGAGAGGAAGGUGAUAAGGAACCUAAGAAAAGUAAAAAGUUAGUGGAGGAUGUUGAAAGUGAUGAUGAGGAAGACAAAAAUUCAAGGAAAGUAACUGAAGAAAAAGAGUUGAUAGGUAAAGAAGCAAAAAAGGGAAGAAAGCUGAGUGAGGAAAGUGAUACUGUUUCAAAGAGAAAAGCAAAAAAGUCAGACCAAGUUUCAGAAAAUGACAAAGAAAAAAAGAAAAAUAAGAAAUUGAGUGAAGGAAAAGAGGAAGUUGAUAAGAAUGAAAAGAAGCAAAAGAAAGUGGUUGAUGAUAGUAAGGAAAGUGAGGGAGAUGAGGACAGUGAAGAUAAAGAUUCAGAAAGUUCAUCAAGUGCAAAAGUGCCUGUAACUCACAGCAAAUCAUCUAAAGAAAAGGUUGAAAAAGUCUCGCUCAAAAGUGAAACCAAAGAAAGCAGUAGUGAAAGUGGUAGCAUGGCUUUGCUCAAACCAAAGAAGGGCGCUGGCAAGAAGCUGUUUGGGGACAAUGAUGGUGAAUGCUCUGGAAAACUCAGUGUAAAAGAUGACAAUUCCAAGUCUUGUGCAAACAAGAACUUGUCUCCUGUCAAGAAGGAAAAUGUAGGAGAUGCAAAAGUCUCCAAGGAAAAGGAUACAAAGCAGCUGGCAGUCAAUAACCAAGAUUCCCCAGCACCCAAGAAAAGAGGACGACCAAAAGGAAGUAAGAAUAAGAAGAAGAAUGAAGGCUUUACGACCAAAACCAAAAAAGAUAAGAAUAAAGCUGAAAAGAAGGUUGCGGUUAAACAGUCACCUAAUAAAAAUAAUAAUAAAAAAGAAAGAAGUGUAUUUUCCUUCUCAGAAAGUGAAGGGGAAAAGGAAGAGAAGUAUUUAAGUAAUAACAAAAGAAAACUUCUUAAAAGCAGCAAUAAUCUAAAGUCAAUGAAGCCCUCCACAGAUAAUGAAAGCAUAAGUAGCUCUGAAAAUCUGUCAUCAGAUGAAGACACAAAAGAAGCUAUCAAAAGUGAAAAAGAGAAGUUGGGUAAUAAAAAGGGGAGAAGUAUGGGAAAUGAAAAGGCAAAGCAACUCUCUAAGAAAACUGUAAUUGGCAGUAAGUCACUGAAGAAAGGGACUAUGAAGACUAACAGCAGUCUUUGUAAGAAGGUGCUGAAACAAGCUCAUAGACGAGGCUCAAAAAAGCAGUCUCGUGAUGUUUCUUACUCAAGUGACGACACUGAUGACAAAAAAGUAUCAACUAUUCCUUUAGUAAGAUCUGAUUAUAGUUACAGCAGUGACAAUGAAGAUCUUAAGAAUAUUCAAAAAUCUGCCUCUCCUAAGAGAGUUCUGCAAUUCAAGGAAGAAGAAACUAGUGAAGAGGAUGCAAGUGAUGAUGCUGAUUGGCAAGUUGGAAAAAACACUCAUAGAAAACUGAAGCACACAAAAAGAGGGAGACCUGCUGAAAAAACCAUUAAAAAGAAGCCAGUAAAAACCAAAAUCAACUAUAGAAGUGAUGAUGACGAUGAUGAUGAUGAUGAAGAUAAUGAUGAAGAUGAAGAUGAUGAAGAUUAUGAAGAUUACAAAGGUUCAAAGUCAAGAAAGGGGAAGACUUUCAACAAAAAAGACAGAGGUAGAGGAAGUGUAGCUGCAAGUAAGAAGGGGAAAGUUUCUAGUAAGAAAGUACUCAAAUCGGAGUCUUCUUCAGAGGUAGAUGAAGAGUGUGACUCAAGUGAUAAAAAGCCUAGGAAGAAGGUCUUUAAAUCACAAAAAUCCUCAAAAGAUGAGCAUAAAGCUGAUAAGAAGACAAAGAAAGUAUCAUUUGGCAAAAAAGGAUUAAGUGAAAGAGAUGAUAGUUCUGAAGUUGAUGAAAGUGGCAAAGAGAGUGAUAGUGAGUAUGAGGAUACUGUAAGAAAGAAGAAAACUGUAAAAGGUACACUGAAAAGCAAUAAACAUUUAAAAACAGGUAAAAAGAGAGAAGAAAUGACACCUCCCCCUCAACGCACUGUUCGAAUUGCUAGUCUCAAUGCACGAGCCAUGAUGCAUUGUAUGAAUGAAGAUGCCAGAAUUCCUUUACCAACUUUGCCCCCAACUCCUCCAAAAAAUGAUAAUGUGGCAUUGUUUAUACGAGACUCAAUACACCACCACAGCCAUUCAGAAGAUUCAGAUGAAGAGAGAGAUUAUGAUACUGAUGAUGACAGGGCUAAUAAAAGAUCCAAAAUGAACAAAAGAAAAAAUGAGGAGGAAAGUGAAAAGAAAGUCAAACAGAAGCGUAAAAGGCGAAGAGGAGAAUUAGAUGUGCACAUGGAUAUGAGAGACAUGGUGGUUACUAAACGCAUGGCAAGUCUAAAUGCUUCAGCAAUCAUGGCAGCAAGUUAUUCCAAUGAAAGAAAGAGGACACCUGCCACAGGCACAAGUUCAUCAGCAGAGAGUGAAAUAACUAAUGUUGACAUACAGCGCAAAAUAUCUGUUACCAAAGGCAGGAGCACUACUACACGCAGUGUGAUAACAGUAGAAGAAACUACAAAGAAAGUGAAAAAAGCACAAGGAAAUCAUGAAACACAAAUGGAAGAGCAUAUUAUUGUCAAAAAGAAAGUUCGUAAAAGUGGCACUGUUUCAGACAAGGAAGAUGGUACUGGAACAGAUGACUCACAACUUGAUCCAGAUAUGAUGCCCAAGAGUCCUAAAGAUCCUGUAGGUUCAGUUGUUGAAUCAACCCUCAAUUACAGCCCUCAAACUCCACCUGCCUCCAUGACUGUUACAAUAUCAGGAGAGAGCACAUAUUGCAUCUCCUCAAGUGAUGGAAAAACCACAACAGUAGUAAAACAAGUACAACGAAAAUCUACUACCACAGUUUGCCCGACCACAUCCGUACCCCCAACAGCUUGUAUUCCACCAACACACCAUGUACAGCCUCAGCCUCAUACCAGUUACCCAGCAUCCUCUCAGAAACAAGCAAAUUAUACCCCUCUUGGAGCAUUGUCAACCAUGCAGCCUGUGAUGAGUUCUAGCUCCCACCAUCAUCACCAUCAUUAUCAGCAUCCUCAACCUCACCCUCCACCUCAUCACCAUCAACCUCCACCUCAUCACCAACCCCAUCAUCAUCAUCAACCACCCCCACCCCAUCAUCAGCCCCCACCACAUCACCAGCCCUCUCAUCAUCAGCCACCCCCACCACCACCACAUCAUCAGCCGCCAUUACCUCACCAUCAUCCUCCACCUCCACCACCUCAUCACCAGGCCCCUCCACAUCAUCCUCCUCCACAGCAUCCCCCUCCUCAUCCCCACAGCCAUCCUCAUCACCCGCACCACCAACCAUACCCUCCUGCUGCAUCUCAUCCUCACGGUGGAACUCCCCCACACAGUCAUCAUUAUGGAUACAGACCUCCUUCUCAACCUUCUGCAGGGCAUCAAACUCAAGGAAACCCUCCUCCUCCUCCAUCAAGCAGUCAUUCACAUCCUGGACAUACAUCCCCAGGUUACAUGUCCCCUCCUAACCAGGCAGUGGUACCCAAUCACCCUUCUGCUCCACCUCACCAUUCACCAAAGCAAAUCACUUCCCCAAACAUCGUCUCACCAGGUAUUAAGAGUCCUACAGGAAGUACAGGCACACCAACAAAUGCCCAUCCUCCUGGGUCUCCCCGUGGCCCACCACCUCCCCCUGGACAAAUUGAGAGGCAUCAUUCAGCAUUCACGGCACCAACACCGUCAGUUCAUUCGCCUGCAGCAUCUACUCCAGCAGGCUACCAGCCAGUGAGUGGACCAAUGCCGGUUAAAGCAAAUUACACAGCCACCACCUCAGAUGCCAGCAUUCCCUACAAGGCUCCUCCCAAGGGUUCACCAGUGGCAGCAGCCCCACCCUAUUCCUCUCCUCCCCGUCUUACUUCCCCCCCUCCUCCAGUGAAAGGGUCACCUUACCAGCCAGGUGCUGAGCCAUAUCCACCAUCCUACCAAUAUCAGACUUACAGUUAUCAUCCUGCCCCUCCCCCUCCUCCCAUUGCCCCUUAUGAUAAGUAUUAUCCUCGGGGAGCUACAUACCAUCUCUACCCUCCGUCUUACACUGGGGGUCAGUAUGCUGCCCCUGGUGCAGAGUACUCAUAUCCACCGCCCCCACCCGGAAGUGUUCAUUACUCUCAGGAGAGCUACACCUACACCCUGUGUGUGCCUAACUCACCUCCCCAGGGGCCUCCGCAAGCGCUUGCUUUACCGCCCCCACCACCACCCACUUCCAAUGCCCCUCACCCUCCUGCAUAUGCCACAUAUCACUACAUGGAUUAUACACCGGUCUUCACGUAUCCUCCCCCGGGUACGAUUGUUAAGAUAAACUUCAUAGGACCCUCAUCGCAAAGUACAAUAUGUUGUCCAGUGGAUCCAAAAAACGUGCAUACUGGGCCCCCUACUGGAAGUGGUAGAGGGCCAGAAACUCCAGCAAAUAGCAUGGGGCAGUGCAGUGGGGGUACAGGCCAAAAUGGAGGGGGAAAUUAUCAUUAUCAGUACCCUCCAACUCAACAGCAGCCACCUCAUCAACCACACACUGGAACUCAACAAGGAUGUGGUACAACACCUGUGUACCAGACUGGUCCUCUUACCACUGUAAUGACCACUGGUACUCAACCAACCAUCCAGGUGUAUGGUGCUGUUGUGCCCCAACAAGCAUUAACUUUUGUUCCAUCCCAGGACACCCAGGCUGCUACUGCCCCUCCUCCUAGUGCCCCCCCACCAGUGCCUGCCCCAGUGCCUCCCAACGUGCCUCUCUCUCAUCCUCAACCUGCCACCACAGCUUCUGCUACUACAGCUACUACAAUGGUGGCCAUAGCACCUAUAAGUGUAACUGUACCUAUGGGGCCAGGAACUCAAGUUGGUGCUCCACAGUCUGCAGUUAGUUCUGAUAAACAGUUAGCUGUCACUUCUGAAAAACCAAAUGUUUCGGUUUCAGAGGUACCUCCAACAACUGCCAUGGUGUCACAUUCGGCUACAGCUUAUGUAACAGGGGUGUCUCAGGCUAAAUUGGUGUCAAUGCAACCUCCAUCUCCUGGGCGACCACAGCCUGUAACAGCUCCUACACACGUGACAUCAACUGUGAUGUCUGGAAGAUUUUCUGUUACAGCUCCAACACAAGUCACUUCAUCACUUUUACCAGGAAGACCCCAACAAGCUGUAGCUCCAACUCAGGUUACAACAGCUAUUGUGUCUGGCAUGCCCCACACAACAAUUGCAUCUUCCCAUGUUCCCACAUCCUCAGUUACUGUGACUCCAAGAUCUAAUCUGGGCACAACAAAAGAUAAGAGUAUUUUUACUGCCAGCAUAUCUCAGCCUUCCACAUCAUCCAAUAUCUCAGUAUCUUCUGGAAAGUCCCUGGAUGUACCAAAAGAACCUGUGGCAAUGGGUACUUCAGGUGUCACACAAAUAACUACUGCUGUUGUUACUGGUGUGCCUAAGUGUAGCUCAUCAAUUCAUGUAUCAACAGCUUUAGCUGAUUCUGAAACCAAAUUGACAUCUUUAGUAGGCAUGCAUGUAACUAGAGAACAGGAAUCAAUGGUUCAUGCAAAAAACAAUGAUAUAAUAGAUAUUGUAGAUUCUCCCACAGAUUGCACCUUAACUAAAGUUUGUACAGAAAGUAUAACAUCACAACCAGAAGUUAUAGUGGAUACCUCCAGGUAUAACACAAGUUCAGUUGGGAAUAACAGUUCUGUUUCUGUUGUGCCAAAGCUGCCAGGAGUAUCAGUGCAAACCACCACAGCUGUUGUAUCAGGUGUGCCAAAACCACCAAAAUCUUCAUCACAACUUGCAACUGCUGUUGUGUCAGGUAUACCUAAAGCUUCCUCCAAAGUUUGUGGAUCAACUGAAAGUGGACCUUCCAGCUCACUAUCAUAUUCAGUGCAGUCUGGUAUUGUGGGUAAUUGCAGUGUCUCGGAAUCAAUGAAAGUUUCCCAUUCUGUUUCUUCUAUUUCUAAUGAGUCAUUAUCAUCAUUAUCAACAAAAUUUACUACAGCUGUAGUUUCUGAUGUGCCUAGACCAACCAAAGCCUCGAACCAAGCCACCACAGCAGUUGUCUCAUGUCUGCCCAAAUCUCCAAAAGUAUGCACACAACUAGCUACUGCCAUUGUUUCGGGUGUACCAAAGCAACCUCAUGAUAUACCUUUAUCAUCGACAGCAGUUUCUGUUGUGCCCCCUUCAUUUAAGUCAUCUCAAGAUACUUCAUUAGGUAUCCAAGCACUUUCUAGUCCUCGUAAAGCAUCUCCACAAGUCACCACAGCAGUUGUGUGUGGUGUUCCAAAGUCAUUUAAUGCAGUAGAACAAGUUUGCUCUGCUGUAACUGGCUUACCUUCAAAAUCACCACGGUUACCACCUGCCACCACUGCCAUAGUUUCUGGGGUCCAAAAGCUAAAUACAUCUUCACUACCUGUCCAUACAGUUUCUGAAGUAGCUAAAUCUCCAUUUCCCCAAACAUCUGUUAAUGCUUGUGGUGUGAGUAAAUUGGCUUCCUCUCAGUCAAACACAGCAAUAGUGUCUGGUGUUCCUAGGGUAUCUGUGGCACCUACACACAUUACUAAAAUGAAACCGGAAGUGUCAAAAUCUGUAACCGAAAAUACAUCAAGUGUCAGCAAUUCUGGGGCUGCGAAUACCACACAAGCUGCCAACCUCAUAAGACCUCAAGUUCCUUAUGUAAGCAAAGAAGGCCCUAGUCCUCUGCAAACAAGUUUCAAGAAAGAUAAUGUGAUGCAGUCGCCUUCACAAGAAAAUAAAACUAUGGCAGUAUCACCAGUAAUAAGUACAGUGCCUGAUUCCCAUGCUAAUGUCUCUAACUCGGUGAAAAUAAUUAAAGAAGGAUCAAAAACUACAUGCUCAGUGUCCCCCAUGAAUGUUAGUGAAGGACUUAAAGUUUCUCCAGUAUUGAAAAGCAAUAGAGAAAGCACAUUAAACAUUCCUAGUAAUGUCAUAGAAACACCCAAACCAAUUAGUAGCAUAUCAUCUAGACUACCCAUUGCAGAUUUGAAAAUUCCAGAGCCCACUGCAAAUUGGAGUCCAAAAGGAAUAGACAGUGCAAGAAAAAGUGAUCCAUAUUGUGCCUCAAAUAUUAUUACCCAGACUACUGUCAGUACAGCACCUGUGUCAGAUUCAACACAUACAACCAGCUGCUUGUCACUGAAGAGUUCCAGUCAUGUUGUUGCUUCUUCCUCAGUUGUUAAUUGCAGUGUUAACCAGGUGAAUCAUAAUCUUAGUAACCCAUCAGCAACAAAUACAGCUCCUUUAUCUACAUCUGUUUCUACUGUUGAUGCAAAAUCAGUUGUGGGGGAAAGUGGGAAAACUCUAGCUUGUAGUAAAGUACAGCAGAAUACAACAAAGGAAGGAGGAAGUAGUGUCAGUAGUGAUUCACAUAGCUCAGGCUAUCAGAGGCCAAGUACUCGUCAUCUCCUCUGCCAGUCAUUGCCUAGACCAACAUUAACGAAAACUGCAACAGCAAGUUUAGCAAAACCUAAAGCCUCGUCUAAUUCUAAUAUCCAGAGAAUGUUGGUGAAAUCUGAAGAUAAAUCUAAAGAUAUAAAACCUAACAUUCCAGAAGAUGUUCCUAAUAACCUAAGUAAUUCAAAUUCUUGUGGCUCAUUUUCUACUAUAAUGCCUUUGAAAGUAUCCACAAAAAAGGAAAUAGAUACAGAACUUGAAGAUGUGAAAACAGACAUUAUCAAUACCGUACCUGUGGGUCGUAAGAGGGGUAGGCCUCCAAAAGUACGUGAUUCCAGUAGUGAUAGUAAUACAGCUUCAGAUUCAAGUGCUUACCAUAACCCUAAUAAGGUGAAGCCCAAAUUAAGUGCUACACUUGAAAAAAAACCUUUUACUAAAGAGGAGAGUGAUGUGAAAAGAAGUAAAUUGUCAGAUACAAAUCUGCAGAGUGGAAAAACCCUGAGAUCACAAUCUGAGGAUAAAAAGAAAUUGAAAUUACACUGCCCUAAGACUCCAAAUUCGCCAUCGAAGAGUAUUGAUAGUAAGCAAGACAUAAAGUUAACCAGUGCAAUUAAAACUGAAGAUAUGCCAAAAAUUAAAGUUGAAAAAGUUUCCCCUAAAGGAGUAGCAAAGCAUUCACCCCCUUUGAAGGAUGCCUCCAAAGAAAUGUUUUUUAAAAGUAAGUUUUUGAAUGGUCAAGAUUUGCCUCUUACAAGUCCUUUUUUAUCGAAAAAAUGUGAUUUGUCUGUGCCUGGAAAAACUAUGGGGUUUAAUAGUUUAAAAGAUACAAAAUCAUCAAAAGAAAUAAGAAAAUCCUCACCUGUGCUAAAUGACCAAAGAAUGUCUAAAAAUAAUGUAGUUACACCAAAAUCAAAACCAAAGGAGGCUGAUAAAAAUUUUUUAUCAAGUAAUACUCUUAAGAGAAAAAAUAGUGAUACAUUAGGAGCAGAUGAGGCAAAAAAUGCAUCGUCUAGUAUGGCCAAGGCAAAUCCAAGUGAAGGUUCCUCUUCAUCCUCUAGAAGCUCUGUGGGUGUAAAGCAGCAAACUAUGAAAUCGCAAAGGAAAGAGAAAGUUUCUAAAGGGGGUUCUCAAAGAUCUUCCCCAAAUGGAAAAAUGAAUAGAAAGAAAAGUCUCCUGUCAUAUUUGAAAGAAAAAAACAAUGAAAGUGAUACUUCAAGUGUUGAUUCUGAAGCUGCUAGUGGUAGCCGUAGAAGAUCAAGGAGCAAGGAGGACUCCCCAAAAGCCAAUAGUGCCUCCUCUUUCCCUCCUUUUCCCCCACAGCCUAUAAAUCAGGGUUCUCGUCGCCGUAGUGCUGCCGCCCAGGGAAAGAGUAAAGCCCCUAAGAAACCAAAGUGGGUUAAUAAUUGGUCUUGGGAAGGUGAACCUUUCGAAGGGAAGAUAUGGUUACGAAACGAUGAACUGCCAUUAGUUCGAACAUGCUAUACAGCCAUACGCCACAAGGAAGGAGAUAUUGUUCGGGUCCGAGAUUGUGUUUUGUUAAGGUCUGGCACACGGAAAACUGACUUGCCAUUUGUUGCAAAAAUUGCCUCUCUGUGGGAAGAUCCUGAAACUUCGGAUAUGAAAAUGUCCAUUUUGUGGUAUUACCGACCAGAACAUACCGAUUCUGGGAGAAGGCCAGAGGACCUCCAAGACGAAGUCUUUGCUUCCAAGCAUCGAGAUCACGUUAGUGUAGCCUGCAUAGAGGAUCGCUGUUUUGUUCUCACUUUUAAUGAAUAUUGCAGAUACCGACGGUUUCUAAGACUCUUCCAAGAAGGUGUUUGCCCAGUAACAACACCAGUCCCUGGACCUGAAGAAGGUUAUUGCCGUAAGGAUCGCCAGCCCCCUGGUUGUGUUGUACCAGAAUUACUGUUCUUUUGUCGAAGAGUAUAUGAUUACCGCCAGAAACGUUUAUUAAAAAAUCCUUACUGAGGGUGUGUGGAGGGGAAGGGUUUGGAGGAAGGGGAGGAAUUACAGAACUGCAUCAGUGAAUGUUCUCGGAAAAAUGAGGAAUUUCUUGAAAAUGAUAGUGGUGAUGAUGAUGAUGAUGAUGGUUCUUCAUGUAUCAUGAGAGUCAGUGCACUGUUGAUUUUAUGGCCAAUAAACUGUUGAACCUGAACCUGAACCUGAACCUGAACCUGUGUGCAUGUUGACUGGAUGUCUCAAACUUUUGGAAGUGACGAUAAUCCAGAAAAAGUUAUUGAAACUUUUUUUUUUUUUCUCUAAAAGACUUAAGUGCUAAAAGAUAUUUAAUAUAAAAUAUAUAUAUAGAUAUAUAUUAUUUAUAAACUAUAUAUCCGAGUGAGUAGUUGUGAACUGAAAAUCAAAUGUUAAAGUGAACUAUUGAGGAAUUAUGCUAUGUCAUCCGUUUUAAAUACUGCCAAUACUUUAAAAGUCACAAGAAGUAUUUUGUCAUAUGAUAAUCUAACGUCUGUACAAAACACAGAAUCUUUUGUAAUUACUGUACCUUAUACACUUGAUGACUGCUUAUGAAGAUAAUCUACUGUCACCACUAUGGUGUAUUAGUCUUGUAUUUAUAAAGCAACACUGUAAAGAUAUUUAUUUUAUUGUUACCAGUGUAUAAAUUAUUUCUUGGCUAAGUCAGAUAUUUAAGCAAUUACUCCCACAAUUUAUGUUUGAAGCCAAAGUUUUUUUAUAAUCUUUGAUUUUUAUGUAUUCCUAUAAUUUUUACAGAACCAUAUGGUUUUCAUAAACUGUAUAGCUGACUGACUUUUCAGCUGUUUUAACAAAAGUGCAUUUUGGAUAUUAUCACUGUGGCCCAAAUCAUACCAACAAUGCAUCUGUGCUAGUUGUUAAUGAAAUGUCUAGCUAUGCUUCCUUAUGCAGGCACAGAUAACUGUAUCAGUAUGUAAUCAAGUGUAGUGUUAUAUUUAUGCAACAAAAGUAACAAGGAAAACUGCAUUCUUACAUUAAAUUGACAAUUAUGUGCAACUAACUGAGUUUUCAAUAGAUUGAAAAAAUCUAAAUGUCGGAUUACAGCAUUUAAAUGAUUAGCCUUAUAAUUUUACCUUUUUAUUUUAUACUUGUAGGUUAAAAUUGGAAAUUCUCACUAACUUAAUAAAGCCACUAAUAUAGACAAUCAUUUUUAGUUGUCUUUUCUGAUUUUGUCAAUGGGAAUUUAAUAAAUUAUUAGCGUUUGCACUUCUUAUUUUGUUAAUUAUGUAAUUUCAUAUUCUAUAUGCUUCAAAAUAUUUACAUGUUCUUUUACAUGUCAUAGAAUUUUUUUUAGCAGUAUUGUUUGUACAUUUUGUUAAAACAUGUUUAAUGUUGCAUUUUUCAUAUUUUCUCACAGAAUCCAGCUAUAAGUCUUUCUUCUAAUCUUCAUUCCAAUACUGAACCUUUGAAGCAGCUUCAGAAAAGUCUGUAGGUUGGAUCUCCUUAAAUAUAUGGUAAAAAUUGUGAAAAGAAUAUCAUUGGAAAAGGUGUAGAAGAGCAUACUGAGCAUUUUCACUGGGCCCUUUAUGUACGGUUUAAAUUGUUAACAGUCUUGUUCAUACUGAAGUUUUAUAAAUUAAGAAAUAAUUAUUCAAGUCUUAAACGUGAACAUUUUUCCUCACGUUGCACAAUUACUUAUUGCAGAAAAAAAGAUAUCAGUGAUGAGUGUGCCUACUACAAGAUUUUAGUACUAUAAUUAUAAGGGACACUGCACAAAUAUAUACAGUAUUUAGAUGGAACAUACAGAUAGGUUGGAAAAUUUGUGCCGAGCCUGAUGAACCAGCUAGUCAAAAUGGACCCUAAAUUCUUAGUGGUAGCUGCCAUUUGGCAAUCCUGUCAUAUCUUUUCAUGUUUUUUCUGCACAUUUUGAUAAGUAACAGACUAUUUACAGUACAAGUUACUGGUUUUAUUUUGAAGUGAAACACAUUUGAGUGCUACUGAUUUUAGUGGAAAAAAAUGGACACAUGCAAUAAAGAAAAGGAAUUCAGUGUUGUAGUUAUGCACAGCUUAGUUUUAGAUUUUUAUAGUUUUUCUUAUUUUGUAUUAAUGGAACAAAACUUCAGUAUAUGAAUUUUUUUAUUUGUUUCUGUUGCCAGAAGCACACUUGUUUCUUUACUAUUAUCUGUUAUUAAAAUUCAUUUUAAGGUAUGCGUAUGCAAGAUAGGAAGUGAUUAGCCAUGCAUUUUCACCGAGUCUGUUAUUAUCUGUCCCCAUAGUGUUUAGAUAAGAGACCUUUCUUCAUAGUUGUUAUCUAGAGCAGAGCUUUUUUAGUGAGCCUUUAUUGGCAAGUCUUCACUGUUAGUUUGUGUCGUGCUAGUGAGUAGAUGAUAGUAUUUGGGUAAUUUGUUAUGGCAAGGAGUCUAUAUUAUUACAUCAGACUAAAGUGUAAAUAAAACAGAUUUAUGUUUAAAUGAAAUAAAAUGAUAAAUCUCG